CAUCAACACGGAGAAUACGACUUGUUUACAAAAUAUACCAGGUUACAUUAGGUUAAGCGCAAAAACACGCCUUUUUUUACAAAUUUACAAUAUACAGCAUACACCACAGAAAUUAGAAGUUAAAAGUAUAGAACAUUUUACAUUAUUAUACAGUAACUACACUACAACUGUUGUAGUUAAUAAUUAUGACUACGUUAAAAAACAACAUUCUGCAAGGAAAAAGUAUAGCCGAUACAGUUUCUAAAAUGGAAUCUGGCGAGAGUCUAAACAUGAACCCAUUAGAAAAUAUGUCAUCAUACCAUUGGAAACUACUAAAAUUGAAGGGUCGAUUGGAUACUAUUACAGAACGUAUGACAAAAAGAAAAAGUGGAACAUUGGAACCGUAUACUACAUACAUGGACGAAGAUUCCACAGAUAAAAUUGAUAAAUUUUUGUUAAUGAGUCAAGUAAAACCAUUGGAGUCAGAUGACGAUGAUAUGGACUUAGAUAAAAUUAUAUAAUAUUUUGUUUUUUAAUGUAAAUAAAUAAUGUAAUAUAAGUAUAUCAUAGACA